AUGUCUGGUGCUCCAGUACUUCCUCGGGAACUCAUAGUGGAAAUUCUGUCAUGGCUUCCAGUGAAGGCUCUCAUGCGAUUCAGGUACGUUUCCGAGACUUGGAAUUCCCUCAUUUUCGAUCCUACGUUCGUUAAAUUGCACCUAGAAAGAUCCCCCAAAAACACCCAUGUCCUAUUAGAGUUUCAAGCAAUCUAUGACAGAGAUGUUGGCCAACAAGUUGGCGUCGCACCCUGCUCUAUACGCCGUUUAGUUGAGAACCCAUCAUUCACUAUUGAUGAUUGUUUGACCCUAUUCAAACACACUAACAGUAUCUUUGGUUCUUGCAAUGGGUUGGUUUGCAUGACUAAGUGUUUUGAUGUUCGAGAAUUUGAAGAAGAGUGCCAGUACCGAUUAUGGAACCCAGCCACAGGGAUCAUGUCUGAGUAUUCACCACCCUUAUGUAUUCAAUUCAAAGAUAAUAAUAAUACCUACUAUCCUUGGAAAUGUGGCUUUGGAUUCGAUGAUUCGAGUGACACUUACAAGGUGGUGGCACUCCUUUGCGAUAUUAAAUCGCAGACAAAGGAGAUCAAAGUUCAUUGCUUGGGUGACACUUGUUGGAGAAAGACUUCGAAUUUCCCUGCUUUUCCCGUGCUGGGAGAAGGACAUUUUGCGUGUGGCACUGUUAACUGGCUAGCACUACGCGUGUCAAGUUUUCAUUAUCUAUGGGAAAAUGUUACUAUCGAUCAUAUCGAUCAGUUAGUAAUUUUUUCCUAUGAUCUUAUGUACGAGACAUACACAUAUUUGUCGAUGCCUGAAGGUCUUCUUGAAGUCCCUCGCAUGGAGCCUUAUUUUGGGGUUUUGAAAGGUUGUCUGUGUCUUUCUCUUGAUCACAUGAAAACCCAUUGUGUUGUUUGGUUAAUGAGGGAGUUUGGAGUUGAAAAUUCUUGGACUAAGUUGUUGAACGUAAAUUACGAGCAACUUCUAAAUCAUGACCGUCCUUUGUGCAUGUCUCAAGAUGAGGAUGUCGUGUUGCUGACAAGUUAUGCAGGUGCAAGAUUUGUUCUGUAUAAUCGGAGAUAUAAUAGAUCAGAACUAUAUGGAUUGGAGAUUAUUUAUCGUUCUGAAGAAUCAUCUCCAAUUCUAACUCUACUUAUUGCUUACCGUCAUCAUCAUACUUGGAAUUUAUAG